CUGGUCCUGGCUUCGCUCCCUCCCUCAUCAUGGACGAGCAGAGAGAGACUCUGCAAAGGAUUGUAUCUACUCUAGCGAACAAAAAUGAUGAAAUUCACAACUUCAUUGACAUGCUGAACCAUACCAUAAAAAAUGUUCAGGUAAACUCUUCUAAUGUAAUCAGCGAGUUGGAUGAAGAAUUUGAUGGUCUGUAUUCUAUAUUGGAUGAGAUGAAGGGGAGUAUGGCCAACGCUAUUCAGCAAGAAGAGGCUCAUAAAAUUCAAGCUCUGCAGGAUCAGCUUAGCCAGUGUAGUAAUGCCCUAGAGAGUUCUGAAGAGCUGCUGGAACUUGCUGCACAGUCGCUGGACAUAAAGGACCCUGUGGAAUUCUUAAAGGCUGCCAGACAGAUCAAAGAUAGAGUCACAAUGGCUUCAGCGUUCCGCAUCUCUCUGAAACCAAAGGUCAGUGAUAGUAUGACUCAUUUGAUGGUGGACUUCGCUCUGGAAAGGCGGAUGCUCCAGUCUGUAAAGUUUUUGCCAGUCCCUAAACCUCCAGAGAUAGAUCUAGAAGCAUGUCUGGUUGCUGACAACUGCAUAACAGUAUCGUGGAAAAUGCCUGAAGAAGACAGCAGAAUUGAUCAUUUUGUACUGGAGUAUAGGAAAACCAACUUUGAUGGGCUUCCUCGAGUAAAAGAUGAACAGCGUUGGGAACUGAUAGACUAUAUUAAAGCUACUGAAUAUACAUUAUCAGGUCUGAAAUUUGAUACAAAAUACAUCAACAUUAGAGUACAAGCUUGCAACAAAGCUGUGGCAGGGGAGUACUCUGAUCCUGUGACCCUGGAAACCAAAGCAUUUGUGUUCAGUUUGGACAGUACUUCAUCUCAUCUGAACUUGAAGGUUGAGGAUACCUAUGUUGAAUGGGAUCCUACUGGAGGCAAAGGCCAAGAAAAAAUAAAAGGGAAGGAAAAUAAAAGCAGUGGCCAGAAUCCUCUGCUGAAGAGCAAUAGAAGAAGUGGUGCACCAUCUCCAAAGAGGACAUCUAUUAGUGCAAGAUCCUCAGCGAGGGGCAGCAGAGAUCAUUUUACUGGUGAAUCAUACACAGUGUUGGGAGACACUGCUAUUGAAAGUGGACAGCAUUACUGGGAGGUGAGAGCCCAGAAGGACUGCAAAUCCUACAGUGUGGGAGUAACAUACAGAAACAUGGGGAAAUUUGACCAGCUGGGAAAGACGAAUUCAAGCUGGUGCAUCCAUAUCAACAACUGGCUGCAAACCACACUUUCAGCAAAACAUAACAAUAAAACCAAAACUCUAGAUAUACCUGUUCCAGACAGAAUAGGAGUAUACUGCGACUUUGAUGGAGGUCAGCUUGCAUUUUAUAAUGCAAACUCAAAGGAGCUGUUACACACCUUCAGAACAAAGUUUACCCAACCAUUGUUACCAGGCUUCAUGAUCUGGUGUGGUGGGCUUACAGUGAGUACUGGAUUGCAGGUGCCAAGUGCUGUGAAAACGCUCCAGAAAAGUGAAAAUGGAUUGAGUGGUUCAACAAGCAGCCUAAACAAUAUUGCCUAGUAAUGUCUAUUAAACACUUCUAUUGCUGAAUGGUUUUUUUUCUGUGUAGCUGCUACUCACAGAAGCUUGUGAGCAUUGGAUUAAACUGGGUUUUCUACCUAUUGCUGUUUAAGGCCUUGGGUGCUGAUAGUGCAAAGGUUUGGGGCUAAAGUAUUGGGAACCUACUGUGAAUCCAGACAGAAAUGUCAGACAGAAAACUGAACUGUUGCCUAUUUGAAAAACAAAUAGAGAAAUCAAGACCUGUAACUAUGUACUUUUCUAAUACUGUAUUUAAGCAUUUUGUUAUGGACUGGAAUAUUACUUUUGUUAUGAAUAUUAUUUUUCUAUGAAGAAUAUGACAUACCAUUUUCUUAGCUCUCCUAACAUGAAUUACUUGAUGAUAAUAUAUUUUAUUAUUACCGGGCUUACCAUUAGAACUUGUGAUAUCAAACAUGCAUUUCAAAAGAACAUUAAUUUGCUAUCCUAGCCUGGUAAAACAUCACAGCAGUAUGAUUUCAAAAGAAUAUUAUAAGAAAUUGUAGGCUUGAUAUGAAGAAACAGUAAGAGCAGUCUGUGAUUCUCCCCCCGCCCCACUACAAAAUCCUCCUAUUUCCCAUGAGUAACUCAUUUAAAUAUCAUAUAUUUAGAGUUUGGCUCCUGUUUAUCACAAAUUACAGAAAAUGUAAAAAUAUAAAGGUAUUUAAAAACAUUCUUAUGUCCUCAGUGAAGAUGCAUUAUGAUAGCCAGCCAUUGAGCUAGGAAGUAUUUCAGGUAAGAGGUUCAGAACCAAAAAUCCAGAGCUUUUUAAAAACUACAGCAUGGUACUGCUGUCUCAGAAGCUUUUAAUUUUGGGUCAUCUCUUGGCUUUCCAGUUUUGUGACAUUAUUCUAAUUGGAUUUGGAUAAUCAGCAAUUCACACUGUUCAUCAGAUGUGAAUGACGAAUUGAAUCUUUGUCUGCCGAUAGCAAAGCUGUCAUGCAGCUGAGGCUGGGAGCGAGGGUGUGAGAGUUUCAGUUUAAAUGCAUCUCUCCAGAGAAGAUGGUGUGUGGGGAGGUGCUAUUGCUAAAACACCUUUCAACUUUUUCUCAAGCCAGCUUCAAGGCUGGCUAAGACUUCUCAAACAGCUGUGUCAAUAUCAAACUGGCUUUGAGCAGAAGCAACACUAAAUUCCUGGUGAUGGGGCAGUACCCUCUGAGCCCAGGCACACAUUUUUGCUACUUGUUUUGACUAGCCUAGUAAGGAUUCCUGGAACAUUCUGGAUAACCAGAGAAGUCCAAAAAUUGCAUGAUUUCUUUAUCUGGCAGAAAUGUAGCUGAUAUAUAUAGCAUCCCACUCUUAACUUGCUAGCUUGUACCAUAUGCCAUAUAUAUGUGGAUAUGAGACUAGCUUUCAGAGGAUCAUAUUCUAAAGGAUCUCUUUAUAGCCUCCAGCUUAAUGCCUUCCCCCUUUUUUAAGGACAAGGAAAAAGUGGAAAGCGAGCAAAUGCUUUGCCAGCUAACAUGAUCUGCUUCUGGAUCUGCGGUUAUACAUUUUGGUUCACAAAGGAAGUGGAAUGUUGAGGCUGGGAGUUCCAUCAUCUCAACUCAUAGUUGGAAGCUUAGUAACAAUAGUCAAAUGAUUCAUAAUAGUAGGAGAGCUAAAAAAAAUCAUGUUAUAUUCUUCAUGGAGGAUCUCAACUUUUCAAUGAGAAUUACUUGUGUAUUAUAGACUGUUUAAAUCUGCUUUCUUCCCUCUAACCAAGUCCAGGAGCCUAGAAAUAAUGUUUAGAUACGCACUUGAAUCAACUGUUUCCGAACUGAAGAUUUUUUCCUAUUAUCACCUGAAAAAUCUUUCAAAUUCAUGGUGACAGGGUCCAUAAUGAAUUGGCUCCUUUCCUACAGGGCCAAAGUACUUUUUCUUCUGUCUAUCUUCUAGUCCAUAAAGACACAACCAUCUAAUCAUGUUAAAUCUUGUUAGUAUCAAUGUGUCCUUUGUGUCCAUCAAGAUAUCUCAAGAGAAUGAGAAAUCCCCUGAAACAACUCAUAAUUAAGUGGUUAUGAUGUUCAGCAGAAAAAUUAAAUUUUCUUCUUACUUUCUAGAGCAGGUAUUAAAAUUUUUGUUUCUAUUGAGAAAUCAUGAAGUUGACAGGAUGGUUGAGCCCUUAAUGUUCAUUUUAUAUCUGGAAGUUGAGUGUCUCUAAAUAUUUGCAUUGUGAACAAAGUUAGCUGUAACCUCUUUUGCAGGGGGAAGUGCAAAGCAAAUCCCAGUUUAACUGUACCUUCCUCUGCCAGUUUAGUGUUUUGAAACUUGGGUCUUGAAACAAAGAUACUGGAAGGUGACACGGUUCUUAAAUGAGCAGUGUCUGAAUCUGUUUCAUACAUUACCUACAGAUGUUGUGAUUACCCAAAUAGUCUGUGUGGUAAUCUUAAGUAUUUCUUACUCAUUUAUUUCCUUUUUACUGCAAUGAACACCUGUCUGGGACUUCUAGGGGCUCAGCUGCUGUGAAUUCAGUGGUAUGUGAGGGAGUGAGACUUGCAUGCUUGGACCCUGGUGGUGAUCAGAGAGAGGAGAGUUAAGGUGGAUGCUUCUUGUUUUGAGACUUGUUCUAUUGAAUGACUGUGGUAAACAGACAUCUAAAUAGACUAGUACCUGUUCGUGCUGCCCAGUCAACAGCUUGAUCUUGGGUGUUCAGCUACAGUUCCUAUUUAAAUUUCCCUUUUUAGAAAGAAAGGGAAUGUUUACAGUAAGUUAAUGUGUAGUCAGAAAGAACCACGAGUAAUCUCCAACCCUACAUAAGAGCAUUUAAAUGACAAAGUUUUUUUAGCAAGAUGUAGUGCAACCUUUUGAUAUGCACAAUGUAAAAAUGUAAUUUUUCUUUAACAGUUAGAAGAAAGCUUGAAGUAUUUCAUACUGUGACUUGUGACUUGCAAGUUUUAGUUUAACUGAUGUCCUAGUUGUACUUAACAUGUGACAUUUUACCCUUAAAGGAUGAAUUUGUUCUAUAAUAGUUUGCACAGGUGUCAAAUUUUUGCUGCUAACAGCUAGUCUAAUUGUUUUUAGUAAAUGGGGAUAUGAAUAAUUGCCUUAAGCACUUUAGAUUAUUUUUUUCAGACUUUUCUUUUU